UGUUUAAUACAGUCCCAAAACUAUUUGGGCACUAUAAUCUCACACUCCCUAUUGCUUUUUAAUAUGCUCUUGAUUUCUAAAGUCAUUACUAACAAUUCCUUGUCACUCCCUACUCUAAAGAUUGUUUUAGUAUUGUGCUCAGUCCUUAGAGAUACCUCUAGUAUAUCAAUGCAUUAG